GGGAGUCUCAGCCUGCAGUAUCUCUUUCCAUCCGUCGCAAUGGGCUGGUUUGGUGGAUCCAAGUCUGAACAAGCCACUCCUGUAUCCAGGGAAAACAGGCAAAAGUGUUGGGAAACCAGGGAUGCGUAUUUUGAAUGUCUAGACCGUGUCGGAGUGCUCAAGGCUGGCGAAGAGGGUAAAGCAUGUGCAAAAGAAAACACUCUGUACGAAGAAAAUUGUGCCAAGAGCUGGAUCGAGUACUUCAACAAACGUCGAAUCCUUGCCGAGCAGCAAAAAGACAUGCUUGCUCAAGCAAAAGUCCAAAGUCAGGAGGCCCGACGGGCGAAUUCAUGAUAGUACUCUCUCCUGUAACCGUGUUCUCACAAGUGUAGAACUCUUUAAUCCAGUACUACUUUUGCUCCACCCCUCUUCUCUUUUGGUUAGGCCUCGUGGGCUGAACAUCUGGUUGCGCAUCUUCCCUGGCAGGAUCUUCAUCACGGGGAUCAUCAGCUGAUUCGGAGUGUCCGGUGUUUCACUUCCCGCGCCUGUUAUCUCUCUGUGUAGACUGUGGUUUAGUUAUUCCCUCGCAUCACUGUCUUUUGGUCCA